CUUUUAGACGUCGUUUUCUCUGUCAUACGAGAUACCAUCGCUUUGAUUAGUGGCUAUUAACAAUGACUGUUCAUUUACACGAUGUCGUCUUCUACUCCCUGGCGCAAGACUGUCGGCGAGAUGCUUCUCUUGUCACCAGUAGAAGUUGGUGACCUGAGCCUCUCCUCCUCCUCAAGAAAGCGCCAAAUCACGCCCCUAGCCGAAAAAAUGUCGCCGAAAAAGCUAGCAGUCAUCACCGGUCCCGGAGCAGUGAGCACCGUGGCGAACAGCGUUGCUCUCUCUACUUUGCAGAAUCCUCUCAGAUGGUUCGUCAAGUCCGAUCUGGCUUACAUCGCAUCUCGGUCGUCUCUCUACGAGGCCACCCCAAACCCGCUCCUCCAGACUGCACAGGUUCGAAACGAGGUACCACGCCACAUCAUUUUGCCGUUCGACCUUCGGGACGAGGAAAACGCCCUCGAUGACCCAAAGAAUGUGGACUUGCUAUUUAGCAUCUUCCCCGGAACGAUUGCUGUUGGAACUGACGGGUGGUUCGUAUACAUCGAGCAAUCCACGCUGCCGCCGAAGCCUUGGCCACUCACCGUUGCCGGACUUCCGCUCUACUUCCAAAUGGAGAUGGGGGAGACACCCUUGCCAAGAGCAAAGCCUGUCCACUGGAGAAAUGGCUCUAUCGCUGAAGACCGAAAUGGCAGAGAUAUGGAGGACUGGACGCCGCUCUUCCACAUCAUCAAGGACCAUUUUGAGAGCAUUGGUGUCUCCAUUACGGAGGUCAUAUACUUUGGCUCCAUCGUUUACAUCGUGUUGGAGCACCGAGGGACCGACUACAAAGUAUUGCCUCGGUGUGCUGCAAGAAUCGUGUGUUGGUACAUGUUCGAAGACGAGAUGGAUCGACCGUCGACGCCAUAUGCUCGCCGCAUCCAUGACCCUGCUCUGGGGAAUCCAGACCGCAGCAAGUACGAUACUCUGCAGCCUGGGCUGUGCAUCGCGUCCACCCACAUACCAGGCACCUCCGGCCAUUAUCUCUCUUCAACAACUGGCGUUCUUGUGAAGGAUCGUAUGGGCACCAAGUUCAUGACCGCGGCCGCGCAUUCAUUCCCCAGUGAAUGUGGCACCUCAGUCUGGCACUCUUCCCCCGACACCGGUCGCGACAUUGGCGAGCUUAUUCAGGAAGUCUCACACACGGACAUUGCACUUAUUAGGUUGAAAGGCAACGAAACGUUCUCUAAUGUCACGUUUGAGAAUGAGGCAAUGCCGAACGCUCUUCAGCUUACGAAAUUCAUUGCAACUGGUACAUAUAAACGGCACAGUAUCGUCUGCUUAGAUUCGCCUGAUUCCGGCUACAUGGAAGGUUCAUUCAUGGGACAAGCAUUCCGAACAUACCCUAUUGACGGCGGUACACCACAGCGGAAAUGGAUGUCCACAAUCUGGCUGUACUUGGGCGAAGAUACAGGUCUCAACCUUCCUCAAGGAAUCUGCGGCAGUGCUAUAUGGGACAAAGACGGAAAUGUCUUGGGAUUUUUCCAGUAUGCGCCAACACAAGGAGUCAUGACAAAAUUCUGCACUGGAAUGAGUGCUGAUGAACUCACUGAACGAGGAUACACGCUCGUCGAUACGAGCCCCUGAAGCACAAGGUUGCUAUUUUCAGGCCCUGACAGCCACAAGCCCAGUACGAAGGUAAAUGAGGUCCUCUUGAUCGUUUAAACUUGAUGAAAAGGGAAGAAAGGACUAAGCGUCUAUUGAAGGUGCCUAGGCGGUUCUCGGGAGCGCUUAGCGAUCGCUCAAAAAGUAGCGGGUGAGCAAAGCAGCGAGAGCGGCUACCAAAUUAGAAUGGGAUAGAGAGAAUGACACGGAGUUUUUCGUCUGAAACUACAACACAGUACCUAC